CCAGUUUGUGUAGUUUUUUCCCUCACGUGUUGUUUCUCUGCAGGUAUUUUUAAUCUCUGAGAAAUUCCAUCUUCACAGUUCGUAUCAGCUCUGACGCCUAUUGCAGAACCCUCACCACACAGAAACGCAGUCUCCACCAUGGCGUCUAAACUGCUGAUCCAGCAGCCUCAGCCUGUGAUGGUGGUCCAGGACUCAGAUGAGUGGGGGUCUGGGAUCUGUGACUGUUUCGAAGAUCUGCCUGAAUGCUGUUUUGGGUUCUGGUGCUUACCCUGCUUCGCAUGCAGAACCUCCAAGAAAUUCGGGGAGGACCUCUGUAUCCCCCUGCUGGAGCUGUUCUUCGGAGGCCUCAUCCCGCCCAUCACCAUGUCCAUGAGGGUCGCCAUGAGGUACCGCUACGGCAUCAAGGGCUCCAUGUGUAUGGACUGUGUCUAUUCAACCUUUUGCGCCGCAUGUAGCUGGUGUCAGAUGGCCCGAGAAAUAAGGAGGCGAGACCUCCCCAUUGUCCUGGUCAACGCCAGACACAAAUGACUCCGUUUAUCCACCAUUUUCAUUACACUGCAUUUAUAUAGACAGUUAUAACCAGAAUAAAAACAUGUGAUGGUUUCCCUCUGUGUUCAUGUUUGACACACAGUGACAUGACAUUAGGUCAAAUGAGAAGCAGCAGUAAAAUAAAACUUACCUCCAUGUUUUUUUGUUGGAGACUUAAAGAAAAUAUUCUUCUUCUUUUUUCAUAUUUCUGACAGAAUGGACAUCUCAGAACAGUUUCAUUCUAAUAAACUAACAUCUAAUUAGUUAAAGCUACCAUUUCUGAUUUUAAUGAUUUUUUCUGUUUGAAAAAAUAUUAUCCAUAUAACAAAAUACAGUAACAGGAUUGAAAAGUAUAACAUGAAAACAGAAGCAGAAUUUGUUCAAAUAUGCAACAGACUGAUAUACAAAGACAUAGCAUCUGUUGUGACACUGUUAAGAUUUAAUUCAGCAAAUAUAGUAAAUUUGCUAAUAUAUGCUAUGAAAUUCUUUAGUUAUUUGAAAUAUGCUGAUGUAUUCAAGUCUAAAAUGAAUGAAUUCCAUUGUUUUGUUCAUAGUAUAUAUCCUGCAUUAAUUUUAAACGUCUUUCUUUAUCAUGUUUAAGAAAUUUGUACUUACUCAAGUCUUAAUAUCCUUAAUUAAAUGAACACUGAUGACGCUGUACUUUUACUUUACAUUCAAGCACCUUAUUAACUGAGAGGAUGUGUCUAUAAUGAUAAACUUUAGAAAUAAUUUAAAAAAAAAAAAAAAAAAAAAAAAAAAAAGAAAAAAAAAGAAAAAAGAAA